UCAACUUCUGAGGGAGGCAUAUCGGAGACGAUUGAGCUUAUCUGAAUGAAGUAUUGGACAACAGGAUGGCGACUUCAAGUUCUAAGGGUGAUGUACGUCCCAAAGAUGUGAUUCCAGAAGUGCUGAAUGACCCAGGAACAGGAAAACGUUAUCUUCGAGGCCGAUUUUUGGGCAAGGGGGGCUUUGCAAAAUGUUACGAGCUAACAGACAUGGACACCAAGGCUGUCUGGGCUGGAAAAAUCGUACCCAAAUCACUUCUUGUCAAGCAACACCAAAAAGACAAGAUGGCACAGGAGAUUGCAAUUCACCGCAGUGUCGAGCACAAGCACAUCGUGAAAUUCCAUAGUUUCUUUGAGGAUAAUGACAAUGUAUAUAUUUUACUGGAGCUGUGUCGCAGGAGGUCCCUUAUGGAGCUCCACAAGCGGCGAAAGGCUGUCACAGAACCUGAGGCUCGGUAUUUUGUUCGCCAAAUCAUUGAGGCCUGCCAGUACCUUCACGGUAAACGGGUCAUUCACCGAGACCUUAAGUUAGGCAACCUCUUCCUGAACGACGAAAUGGAAAUCAAAAUUGGAGACUUUGGUCUGGCCACAAAAUUGGAUUAUGAGGGGGAACGGAAAAAGACCCUGUGCGGUACACCAAACUACAUAGCACCUGAGGUGCUUGGAAAGAAAGGACACAGUUAUGAAGUGGAUGUUUGGUCCCUUGGUUGUAUAGUUUACACACUUCUAGUGGGAAAGCCCCCUUUUGAGACCUCAUGCCUAAAGGACACAUACAUGCGCAUCAAGAAAAAUGAGUACCACAUCCCACACAAAAUCACUGUACCAGCCUCAAACUUGAUUAACAGACUACUCAAAGCAAACCCAACUGAACGACCGAAUAUGGAUCAAAUAAUGGAGGAUCCGUUUUUCACAUCUGGCUGCCUGCCACCCCGCCUGCCAACAUCAUGCCUUACGAUGGUGCCCAGGUUGGAUGCUCUAAUGAAGGUGCCUGCAGUGGAUCCAAUCAUGAGUGGUAGUGGUGGUGCCCUCACUGCUGACAGUGCUGCGAGAAAACCGCUUUUGGAUGUCAAUGAAGCCCAGAUGAGACCAUACACUGCUGAGCCUGGGAAAAAAGAUCUAGAGCGCAAACCUUUCCGAGAGAUGGAUGAGCCCAAUGGUGAUGCUAGACCAGACACAGGCAGGAGAAGUGACGAUGAACCAAGAGACUAUUACUUGACAGAUCUGUGUGGCCAGCUUUCGGCUGUGGUGACGGCCAAGCCGGGCGAGAGACCAAACCCCAUGCUAGAUGAGUGUGAAGAUCCUGCUGCCAUCCCCAUCUACUGGAUCAGCAAGUGGGUGGAUUACUCAGACAAGUAUGGUCUAGGCUACCAGUUGUGCGACAACAGCUUCGGUGUGCUUUUCAAUGACUCGACCAGAGUGAUACUCCUCACAAACGGAGAAAAUAUACACUACAUUGAACGAGAUGGAAAAGAGCAUUACCACACUAUCAGACAGUUCCCAGAGACGCUGGGCAAAAAAGUGACUUUGCUGAAGUACUUUAGGAACUACAUGAAUGAACAUUUACUUAAGGCUGGUGCUAACAUGACGCCCCGUGACUCUGAUGAAAUGAUCCGGUUGCCUUUCCUGAGGACCUGGUUCCGUACGAGGAAUGCCAUAGUCCUUCACCUCAGCAAUGGAACUCUUCAGAUCAACUUCUUCCAAGAUCACACCAAGAUCAUCCUGUGCCCUCUUAUGGCAGCAGUGACCUACAUUGACGAGAAGCGAGAGUUCCGGACGUAUCGGCUGAACCUGAUCGAGAAGUACGGCUGUUCCCGGGAUUUGGCCAGUCGUCUGCGCUAUGCCCGCACUAUGGUGGAGAGGCUUAUGAAUUCAAAAUCGGCCAGUUCCAACCGGGCCAAGUCGGCUGCCUCCUGAGUGUGUGAUGUGCUCGUUUGAUUGCUUGUGUGAAAAAUGACAGAACAUUUAUGAGAAGGCUAAAUGAUGAUUGGAUUACAUCAGUGCCGGUUACCUCCUGAUUGUUAAUGUGUGAUGUGUUGUUGGAUUGUUUGUGUAUGAUGUGCUCUUUCUGUCUGUGUUGUUUGAUUGUUGUGUGAUGUGUUUGAUAGUUUGUGUAUGGGAGAGACUGAAUGUUAGUAAGAGUGCUAAGUGAGAAAUUAAUUGUGACAGUGAUUGCCUGGGUCUGUGUAGUGAACUGUGUUUGAGAAAUGGGCCAUGAUAAUGCCAAACGAUGGUUUGAUUUUGUCAGAAAUGACCUGGAUUUCUGUCAUGAGCUAUGGUAAGAGCUGGGGACGUUAGGAUGUCAAAUGAGGAUUUAGUUAUGUCAAGAUUUGCCUGGAUUUUUGUUGUGAACAGUUUGAGUUGGAAGUCUUAAUAUGCCUGUGCCUAUAGUGUACUGAAGUGGAGGGUUUUAUAUCAUUUGGAAGAGAUUUGUCUUUCAUUUAGUUCCCUAUCAGCAGCUGGCACUCAUUUUGUCAUGCAGAUUUUUCCUGAUUUUCCUGUUUUCAUGUUGUUUUUCCAUUGUGUAGCUCAUCAGUGUACAUUUGAGUUAUUUUCACCAAAUUGUUUGGAUACUUUCAAGGGGGAAAACAUGGUCUUAUCUAGAUGUCUGAAAGAAAGUGCUUUUGAAUUUUAUUCAAAUGUCCUAUGGAUUGUGGCUCUUUGAUUAUUUUUUUCUGUGAUGAUGAAUCAGAAACCUCAAAUGAGCAUGUCUCGCUUCUAUAUCGUUCAAUCGAAGAAUGGCCGUGGUAUUCUUGUUGAGUAGUUUACGAUCUUGAACAGGAUGCUGGACAAGGAGCUUAGAUUUGAGCGGUGUCCAGAUUUUUCCAGCUUUCAGUAUUUACUUGUGUACCUAGUGUGUCUUGUCGCAGAACUGCAUGAGGUGUUUUGAACAUUAGUAGCUCGGUGUCAGUUGGGAUUUAAUAUUAUAUUAAAAAA